UUCCGCUCACACUGCACCACCUCGCAACAGCACCUAGCGACAACGACGGCGGGAAGUUCUUAUCGUCAAUUUAACCGCAAAUCAGCGACAAUUAAACGGACGAAAUUGUGAAAUAUCGACAUUUCACGAUAUACUAUUGAUGGAUCUGUAAUCGGAAACACGCUAACUGUACAGUGAGUUUAGCGGCGUGGGAUUCAGCUAUUAUGGCUAACGUCGGGAACCAGCUACCAACACAGGCCGUGAGCAAGCCUGCACCAGGGAAACAUGGCAAUGUAUUGCCCCUGUGGGGCAACGAGAAGACCAUGAACCUCAACCCAAUGAUUCUUACAAAUGUACUGUCGUCGCCGUAUUUCAAAGUUCAGCUUUAUGAACUUAAGACGUACCAUGAAGUUGUGGAUGAAAUCUACUUCAAGGUGACCCAUGCUGAACCUUGGGAAAAAGGCAGCAGAAAGACCGCGGGUCAGACUGGAAUGUGCGGAGGGGUGCGUGGAGUUGGGACAGGCGGUAUUGUGUCCACUGCUUUCUGUCUUCUAUACAAACUGUUUACUCUCAAGUUGACUCGUAAACAGCUGAUGGGUCUGAUCACUCAUACAGACUCUCCAUACAUCAGAGCACUUGGAUUCAUGUACAUAAGAUACACUCAGCCCCCAGCAGAUUUGGUAGAAUGGUACGACGGUUUCCUGGAUGAUGAGGAGGAGCUUGAUGUGAAGGCAGGAGGUGGCUGUGUCAUGUCCGUUGGGGAGAUGUUGCGCUCCUUCUUGACCAAACUGGAGUGGUUCUCCACUCUGUUCCCCCGUAUCCCAGUGCCUGUGCAGAAGCUUAUUGACCAGCAGAUGAAGGCUCGGCCUCGGAAGGUUGUUCAGAAGGAGCCGCAGGAGGAGGAGGAGGAGGAGGAGGAGGAACCUGCAGAGACCGAGGCAGGGAGGCAAGUAGAACGCCGCCGCUCCAGGACACCCAGGCGGACACCGAGCCCCCGGAAGUCACCCAAGCGGUCACGGAGCAGGAGCCAUCACCGUGAGAAAGAACGCCACGGCCCCAGCUUUGACCGAGAGCUGGAUAGGGAGCGUGACCGCCAGAAGAAGGAGAGGGAGGGCAGGGAUAGGGGGGAGCGAGGGGACAGGGAGAGACGACGGUCCCGCAGUGCAGACAGGAAUCAAGACCGCAAAGAGCGUAAAAAAAGUCGCAGCGGCAGCCGGGACCGAAGAAACGAACGUAGAGACAAAGAAAGAGACUGCGGUGAUGACAAGAGCAAGAGGAAGGACAGGGAACACCACAAAGAUAGAGGUGCUGAGAGGGAGAGGUCCAAGGACAAAAAGAGCAGGGGAGAGACCGAUGACAAAAAGAGCAGGGGAGAGACCGAUGACAAAAAGAGCAGGGGAGAGACCGAUGACAGGAGGCAUAAAGACGACAGGGAGAGGCACAGAGAAGAGAGGAAGGCCAAAAAGUUGAGUCGGAGUCGAAGCAAGGAGAGGAAGCACAAGAGUGGGGGUGAAGAGAAGAGUAGGAAAGGAGAGCUCAGCCAUAACAGAGAUAGAGACAGGGAGAGAGAUGGAGAACAGCGUUCUCACAAACGUAGUCGUAGCAAAGAGAAGAGCCACCAUCAGCGAGAGUCCAGUAAUGACCAUAGUAAACAUAGGAGUCAUAGCACUGAGUAAAUGUCGCCUCCCAGCAAUAUUACUUCUCCUUUCCUCUGUUUUUCUUCCUUUUUCUACCCAGUUGUCAGUCAGUUGUGCUUAAGAGAAGGAAUGUCAGCACAUUGGACAUCUGCAGUUGUUGUCUUUGGCCAAUGUGAUGUUGCUUUACUUUUAUGUUUUUCUGCCUUUUUCACUCAUAUUAGACCAGUUAGUCUUCACAAUUUGAAAAGUGGCAAAAAUGGCAUUUUAAUUUUCUAUGGUGCGCUUGUUGGCCCCCUGAAGAUGUGGGUGUGUACAUACUGUUUUGGAGGCUGUCUACACACGAUAAAAGGGCAGAGUUGCCUUUCCUGCUGGGUCGAGUGUAAUCGGUGCUGAAAGCUCAGCUCAACACUGUCAUAUAAUUUAUGUAAUGUAUAAAGAAAUAUUUUCAGGCUGUACAAAUGCCAAAACAUUUUUUUUAAUUUGACUUACAGUGCAUAUAUUUGAAAUGUCUUCAUAUUUAAGUGUCUUGUUCAGUAUUCUGAUUGAACAUGCGUUGAAGAGUCCCAAGUGAACGGUUGAAGUAAAUAUUUGAGCGUAGCAGCAGCGUGGAACCACAAUGGCUCGGCACAAAGCAAUUCUGUCUGUGGUGUGUAGACAGCACGAGAAUGUUUUAAUCCUCGAAAGAGCAGUCUGCAAAGGGUAAUUUUUUACAACACACACUGUGCUGUGUUUGGGUUAUUGCUCUUGCAUUUUGUUUUCUAAUAAAACACUUUUACAAACACA